GCUGCCAUUUUCGUUUUGUGGCACGGUUAUAGCGGCAGUUAAAGUGAAAUAGCUCUUAUUUAUCUACAAAUAUUUUAUUUUACAAUUUAGUGCACGGGAAAUUAUAAGGUGUUUGUUUGCCGGUGUAACAAAACUUAACAUCUUGAAGUGUCUUCUGUCCGAUCUAGUAAUUGUUGACUUCCUUGGGUGGAACUGUGAUGCACACGAGGUAGCCAGUGGCUCUCGCGCGCAGCAGCCAUGCCGCUGCCGAAGCGCUGCGUGGAGCCGGUGCACGUGUCGCGCGGCACCGUGCCCGAGCGCCUCGCCGUGCCCUCCGAGCUCGAGGCCGUCACCAACGGCACCCUCGCCAACACCGUCAGACAGCUGUCGUCGCUGUCUAAACAUGCGGAGGACAUGUUCGGCGAGCUGACACGCGAGGCGACGAGUCUGGCGGACCGCACCAAUGUGCUGCAGGCCAGGAUAGACAGGCUCGCUAUCAAGGUCACGCAGCUCGACUCUGGCGUUGAGGAGGUGUCGCUUCAAGACAUACAAAUGCGUAAAGCGUUCCGUUCAGCGAGAACGUUCCAACAGCAGUUAUUCUCUCGAACUACGAUGCCAUCAGCCAUGCUUGCGACGUACGCGCGUUGCGAUCGACCACCGCCCCUCGAAAGGCUCAACGAGUUCAGAGACGAUGGCCGAGAUGCGAGAAAGUUCUAUACAGAUCCGGAUUACUUCUUCGAGCUGUGGCGUAGAGAGAUGCUGCAGGAUACCGAGAGGAUUCAGCACGACCGGGGGAAGAAGGUUCGCCAACCUCGCAGCAACAACACGGAAGGCCGUGGCACGAGGCGCGUCCGAGUACCGCACUCUACUCGCGAUCGGCAGAAGGCGGAAGUCGUAACGCGUGGAGAGCACAUCAUGUCGUCAAAUCAACUCACUCGAUACAAUAUCCAGCAGUACCGCCCCGACCCACUAUACCAGACUACAACAGUUACCGAUGGAGGUUACAGAGCUCCCGCAAACCGGCCCGCGAUCUCGCAACCCGCCAGGCCCAACUCGAUCGAGAUAGAGAACCAGCAGAACAGAACGCCAAGGCUUACGGGAAAUGGACAUAUUGUAGGAGAGGAGAGUCCAUACGGGCCGGUGGAACCGAUAUACGGUGGCAGUAUCGCGGGGACUCCGCGCAGAGCGAGGCCAUCUAUCCCGCCGCCUGCCCCGCCCGCGCCCUUGCAGCCUGACUCUCCCCAGCAUCAUACGCCCACUAGGUCGUCUCUGCCACCACCGCCGCCGCCGCCCGAGGGUACGUCAUCUCCGCCCGCAAUGAACGGCGCGUCCCCACCGCACCGCACCGCACUCGAUGCGCACUUAGAUCAGAUGCACGCUGUUAUAGGCAUGAUGUCAUCAGACGACCUACCCCCACGGGCCCCGACGCCUCCCCCGGCGCCGCCCGCACCUCCCCCGCCCGAGGAUGACCGGCCUCGACCUCCGUCGCCCGCCUCUCUACUGCGGGGCGCCUCAGCCCUCAAACCACCGCGCCCCGCCGCCGACCCUGCGCCCGACCCGCGCUCAGACCUGCUCAAGGCCAUACGAGAAGGAAUCAAACUCCGGAAAGUGGACAAACGAUGCGAAGACAGUGCGGGCAAAUACGACACCUUACGCGGCGUUCCCGCGCUCCACGACGUCGCGUCCAUUAUAGCGCGGCGAGUCGCCGUCGAGUUCAGCGACACCAGCUCCGACAACGACUCUGACUCCGACGACUCUGCGCAGUGGACCGACUCCCGCGCCGAAAAUGUGCGAUCGAAUGUCCCGACGCACAUUGACGUCCCGGAACACACCCACACGUUGGCAAUCAAAAGCACGGUCGUACCAACAGUUGAUAAUACCGAUCAGUGCUACGUUAGAAACUCGUCAUUCCUCAGUCGUGAUAUCGAAGCUAAAAAGGCCAAGGUCGACCUUGCCAAAUCCGACUCCCCGCCGAAAACGAGUCCGCCCAAAAACGUUUCAGCGCCCCCUAGGAUAAGUAGUCUCGUCAAAGAACCGUCACCGCCCAAAAACGGCCAAUCACCGCCGAAAGCUAACUCUCCUCCAAAGAAAGUAACUUCACCCCCUGUUGAAUUGCAAAAGAAUUCUUCUCAACCUAUGAAAAAUAAUAUUUCAUUAACGCACAAAAAAGAGACUUCUCCUCCACUGAAAAACCAUAGUUCUAAAUCGCAAAGAAACGAAGUUGCCUCCCCUUCAAACAAUAAAGUCAGUCUUCCAUCCCAACUUAAAAAUAAAGUUUUGUCUCCUCCUGCAAAUAGAGAAGUUACUCCAAAUAAAAAUGACGUAACUUCACCUCCACCGCCAUCCAAAAUUGUUUUAUCGCCUCCUAUAAACACGUUCAAGUUUAACAAAACUGAUUCGAAAUCCGAAGAAACUUUUACCUCGAAGAUAAAAAAGGAAUCGGUGCUGAUCAAAGAAGCUCCUAUUAAAACAGAUAAGCUUUCUUUAAUCGUGACAAACGAAAUUAUUACUGACAAAAGUAUUAAUGUAAGUGAUUCAAACAGUUCUAAUAAACCCGAUGGUGAAGGUAGUGCUGAUAAAGAUGCAAAAACUGCUGAAUCGAAUGGAGUGGGUGAUAAAAUUAGGAAAUUCGAAAAAGCCGCUGAAGAUGCCAGCGCAGGGAAACUGUCUAGACCAGGUUCGGUCCGUGGUCGUCGAGUCGAACGACUGGGUUCUGAUAACGAUUUGCCACCGCCAGCUACGCCGUUCAAAGACCACGUGUUCUUCGAUCUCGGAAACGGAGAUAAAGUUGCCGAUCCGCAUAUCGCAAAUAACGCGGAUCCAUUCGAAAAACAGCACAGCAUUUUGAAAGGUACGGUGAAUUCCGCGGCGGCUAAAUGGCAACGCACAGAAAGUUCCUCAAUUGAAGAGAAGAUACAGAAACCUGAGCCGCAGAAGAUAAUCAAACCAGAGUUCAAACCGAUGCCAUCGCCUGUAGACGUCACUAUUAGAUCUCCUAGCUUAGGUUCCAAGUUGCCAGAUCAGUUCCCAUCCCACGGCACUGCUUUCCGAAACGUCGCGUCCCCGGAUACGGCCCGCACGACCGCUCUCAAGUUCAACGACGAUGUAAAUACUCAAAAUAAUUUUAAGACUUGUAAAUUUAAAAAUAAGGAGAAGUACUCCGUUAGCAAGGGCUCCAGCUAUUUCACCCGGGGCUCCGAGGAGAUAUGGUUGGUAAAGAAGAAGGAUAUAGAGGAGAUUGAGGAGCGGGUUUUGGACUCGUUCCGACGGGCCGGGGGGAACAUGUGCAUGCGGAGCGAGUCGGUGCGACCUUCGUCUGAUAGUGGGCAAGGAUCCGCUACGUUUGCGCACGCAACCAUGGGCCGACCUAAGCGUCAGAUGUACGCACGAAGCGAGUCCUUGGAUCCGCAAUGGGCUGGCUCAAGAGCUCAGACGUUAAAACGCCAGUCGUCCGUCGCAUGCACUUGCGGGCACGAUAAAAAGACUCGGGGGAAAAGCGCAGGCGCCGAGGCAGCCCCGCGUCCGAGAUCACGCUCACACGGUGAUGAAAACAAUCAAGGUCACGUUCUUGACAAGUACGAGACCCUAGUUUAGUCUUUUAACCGACCUAUUCCAUGCAUUAAUUAUAAAUUUGUGAUAACCUCUCGUAUGUAAGACGCGUAGGGACCUCGUGUCCUAUAUAUCAUUGAUAGGGAUGUGAAAUCUUUACGGAAUAUCGUUUAUAAUAUUUAUUGUACUCGCAUAAUCGGUUUGGGAGUGAAUGUACGGUUUUUCUUUCAUGGGAGGAGGAUUCGCUAGUUGUAAAAGUUAGUUAGUGUUCGAAAUGGGAUAGCAGUAGGUGGCGAUAUUGAAACUUUUUACUAUAAACCAAAUAAUAUAAAUAUUAUAAAAUAAAAAAGACGCGUAGUUACAGAAAAUGAUUAGAAGCGUAGCGGUACUGAGAGUGUAUGUUAUACAUAGAGUUUGAACGUUGGCAGUUUUGGUAUUUUAUGUGACGCUUGUGUUGGUACUUGCCUAUUUACGUCCUUUGUAUUUUUACGUAUAAUGCUGAUCGCGCAUUAUAACCGUGCCAGUAGAAUUAGCUUAAGAAGUGCGGAUGGAAUCAUCAUACCGUUUCAACUACGUAGUAAGGCUGGUUAAAAUAAAAAUAAUUGCUUUAGCUAUAAUGAUCACCGGUAUAGCCAUCAUUUGAAUCAUGGUUAGUUAGACGCAAAAUAUGUAAUACGGUAUAAAAUAAGCGUAUAACAUAAAAAAAACCUAAAUCGUUAUUACAUUCACGUAUAACGAAUUCAUUGUCGUAUCAAACAUACUUAUGCAUAUACGUGGUAAGGCAUUAUAUUACGUAUCACAAAUAUUAGUAUUGGUGUUACUGCUUUACAUUAGGGUGUAAAAUAAUCGACGACAUUAUUAGCGUAUAUCAUAAUUAUUAAGUGAUGCGGCAUUAUUUGAAAAACAACAUUACUUGUGACGGCUUAAGCCGAAAUGAAACAAUCAUAAUACAAAUUAAGUCUACGCGACGGAGAUGCCAUUCGCAUUUCGCAAUAUGAUCUUAUGCGGACUCAGCCUCUUUGCGGACUCGGACACUUGUGCGAUCAGCUUUAGGAUACGGAAUCCAUGUUUGAGAUCGCGACCUGGCCCACCCGAGCACAACAUUUGUGAAUGGUGCUUUUUGCUUGUUGCAAUCGAUAUAUUUCGCGUAAAAAAAAUCUUCUUUAGCGGUUGUGAGGAACAUGUUGAUAUAAUAUUUUUUAUUUUAUGUUUAAAUUAAAUGCUCUAAAAAUACGUUGACUGUAUUAUGACCUAGCUAGUCCGUGUGUUUCAAUUUAACAAGAUAAUAAUAUAUGGUGUGUGGAAAAUAGGGUAUUACACUCUAAACAUAAAGUUUAGAUUUUUUAUAUAUCGCAAUUAGAUGUAGAAAAAUGAAUAUAGAAAUGUAACAACGAAAUGAUAAAUAAUUAAAAAUAUAUGACCACCCGAAGGUUUUAGAUGUGGCAAAAUCUGUCACUUUUCUUUGAAACGGAAAGUAUUGUCAAAGUGUGUAUAGACCAUAAGCAUUAUUAGGUUAUUUAAAUUUACUGAAACCACAUUAAAUUGGUUUAGAAACUUUAGAAACACUUGCCUUAUAAAUAAACGAGGCAUAACGUCGCAUUAGUUAUGCAAUUAUUUUGUCACAAUUAAUCAAAUGCCAAAGUGACUGUUGUAACUAAAUGUUUCAAAACUACCUAUACUACCGUCCAAAUGCAAUAGUUAUUUGAGGCGUCCGCACAUCCUUUCUCCUCUUAAACGUAAAUUCUUAUGAAGUUUUUAGGUAUUCUCAUGUCGUUCAUGAACAUUUUGGCGUAAAUUAUUAUCGCAUGAUAUCGUAUAUAUCAUAUCGUAUUAUACGAUAUCAUGCGAUAUGCAUAUAUAUACUUCGUGUGCAUUUCAUUGUUAUACGUGAAAAAAUUACAGCUGUCAUAUAAACGCCCUUACGUUACAGACCUUCAACGUAAAUGUACUCCUGUACCCACUUUGUCAGAUGUUUUUCGUUUUCACUUUUCAUAAUAGUUUUUUAUAAUAAAUGUGUUUAAUGAAUAAACGUGUUAUUUUAGUUGAAUAAAUAGUGUGUAAUACCCUAUUAAUAUAACUUAAUCAUAAGAUAAAUUUUACUCUGCCGAUAAAGUAUUCUACCGUGGUGUUAGGCCGGUCGCACAUUUAAGGUUCGAAGGAACAUUAAAGCCGUCAGCAGUAUACUGGCCUGCGUGUGGAAAUCCCGUCAAAUCCCGACGGUUUCGGCUUUACUCCAUUAAGACCCAUAGCCCAUUCAAACAAAAUGUUAAAAGAAAACUUAUGUUUUAGGUUUUAUAUCUUGCCAAAUGGUAGUCAUUGUGUGUCAUAUAAUUCGACUAUCUGUUCACUAUUUGCAUAUACAUUACGUUUUAUCGUAUGAUUGACUAAACCGCAAAAACUGAAGAGUAUCCUAAAAAUUAUGGUAUAUGGUAUUCUUUUAUACAGCAAACGUCAAGAAAUACUUUUAUAUAUUUAUAACUGUUCGGCAUUCGCCUUAAUAAUUUAUUUAUUUUUCAAUAUGUAUUUAUAUAUAUAAAACAUAAACUACCUUAUGCAUUAAAAAAUUCGAUUUAGAUGAAAGUUCGACAGUAGGAAAUGUGCGGCCGGCUUAAUGAAGAAUGUUUAUAUUGACAUGUUUAUGUUUAGAUGGUGAAUAUAUAUUAUGUAAUUUAAAUGCAUUUACAAUAAACACUACAGGACAGUCAUUUGGGUAGACCACUUUUGACAGCUGAUACCGCAAAUUAUGCUAAGACUUAAAGCUAGAGACAGACUGGUCUCAAGUUCGCAACCUAAGCGAUGCAAAGUUGGAGAAUAUGCGUGAACAUUUACUUGAAGUGAAACGCUUUUGUAGUUUUCAAAGCUUAUUGAAGAUUAUAAUAAUACUGCUUUAAACAAUGGCAGUAAGACUUCUCUCCUAUGGUUAGUGUCAAAAGUAGCCUAUCAUAAUAUCUAGGUGCCUGCUUGUGAGAUUUUCUACUCUAUAUUUGAUCACGUAAAAAGUUAACUACAAUUUGUAUCGAAUCAAAUAAGCGCCAUCUAGUUACAAUACUGGGUCGUAAGGUAGAAAAUUUUACAUUAGGCACCCUGGACAAAUACAAUUCUGUAAUAUCAUAUUGUAAUGAUAUUGUGAGUAUGACCUGUGUAACUAUGUAGUGCCAACUAUCACAAACUGAUAAUAUGUUAAAUCGGUAACUUCCAUUCUGUAAGAAAUUAUAUCCUUACCGUUCUAUGUGAGGAAUUUGACGCGACGUAAACUAAGACAGUAGAUAUAAGAAAAAAAAAACACUACCAGUCUAUGGGUGUCUCCCUUUAUGAAACGAAAUGUCUCACAACAGUUGUCGAUACAAAGUAUAAAAAACGUUCUUAGAAAUGUAGCGUCUGAAUGUAGCGUGAAUCCAUCGACUAUAAAGACAUGUUUUUAACUCAAGACUUAAGACCCAAAAUUUAAUUGAUUUACUCUUAAAGCAAUAUGGUAGAAUGGUUUUGUUAUUUUUGGGCAUUACUUUAAAAACUUUACUGUAAAGUUUACGUUGAAAUGUAAAUAUAACAAUUAUGGAUGUUCAUUCCAAAGGCAUUGACAGACCUCAUUUUAAAUUGAAGAUUGAUCGAUAAAGGUUAAGACAUUGUUCAUCACGUCUUCUGAGACGCAGGAUAGAGGAUUUUUUAUCAGAUUACCUGUUUAACUGUGGGAUGUUAAUCAGAAUUAAAAUAAGCGUCGAUGGCAAAUUUCUCACAUCGAACGAAACUUUAGUAUCGCACAUUACUAUAAAUAAAUAAUUUUAUACUAGAGGGUUUGAUAGCGAAUGGGAUAAAAUAUAAUUUAAUUUGUUAUCUUCAUGUAAUAAGCAUUCCAAAAUGUUCAGUUGCUCGC